GAGGGGGGGGAGAUCGUUUCAAAAUAUGAUCCUCGUUAUUCAAGUCUAUUGAAAGUAGGCUUCUUGAAUAUUAUUAAUAUUUUAUCGAAACUAGAUUUCUAAAGAUCGUGUUAAUUAUACGAUGACCCAAUAAUAAUUCUAUUUACGAUGUUCGCGUAUGCAAAAAUAACACGAUCUCUGGGGGAAGAGAGAAAAGGCGGGGCUGAAAAUCAAGAUUAUGUGGAAUAGAGAGGAUCAAUAUGUGUUGGAUCCUAUGGUGAUUGGUCGAUCCGCACUCGAGGGAUCCUGAAAUCAUCCUUAUAGACCAGAGGAUCGUCGACACGUCUCGUAGUUCGCGGAUCAAGAAGCUCGGUGGACUGGAGUCAAAAUUUAUGGCAAUGUUUGCGAUCGGUUUCCUUGUUAUUAACGUCAUCGUUUACGCGGUUGCCUCGCAAGCGCCGAUCCUCCAUCGAAUAAGGCGACAAGAUUUUUCAAACAAAGAUGAUCGAGUGAUAGACAAGAUUCUUAACAUACCGAUUACGGCGAUCAAGCAAACUGCGACCGCGGCACAAUCGUUCAAUCCGGAUAAUUCUCAGACGAUCGACAACGUGUUCAAGAUUCCCGUUUCGACUUUGGAAGCUGUUGGAACCCUCGUUAAGGCGACGUCCGAGCAAAGACGACGGAAUACAGACGAGGCGCAACGAAUAAGACAGGAGAGAAGAGAGAGAAUAUCGGCCCAAAGGGAACGGCAGAGAUUUCAAAGAGAGCAAUUGCAACAACAACGCGUGAAACAACAACUCGUGAAGAAGAGCAUCAAAAAUAAUAAUAAUAACAACAAAGAUCCUUUCGGCUUGAACACGUUGUCUCUGUUGUUUAACAAUCACGGCGUCCUAGGAAGUAUUCAAGGGACGUUUGACGGUUACAAAGGUGGUCAAGAAAUUCACGGAGGUCAAGGGGGUUACGAAGUUCACGAAGACGUGGAAGAAGAUACGAAUUAUUCCUGGCACGGAAUCACGGCCGGUACGUUUUCCGGUUCUCGGCCAACCAGCGCGCAGAAUAAGAUCGCCGUUAAGGACGAAGUACCAAGCGAUCAUCCUUACGACACGGAACAAAUACAGAACAAGAUAGCUCCAAACAGCAAAGGGGAUAGAUCGCGUCACGAACAAGAUCCCCCACUUCAGAACAAAAUUGCACCCAAGUCGAACAGGAUAUCGUUCAGAUCGUAAUAUUAAUUUUAAAGUAACGAGUAAAUAGAAUUCUUUUUUUCGCGAAAAUUUGAACGUACGUGAUCAUUAGGUUUGAGGGGAGCAAUGUAUCACUCGUUUCUAUUGGCUAAUUUUCGCGGUAAUCGGCAGCCGAUAAGUACGUGAGUCACGUCGCGAGUGUUUAUGCAAAUGGACGAAAUGACAGAACGAAUGAGAAAGUAAGUUGCAGAAAGCAGGAAAAUUCAUUCUGUCAUUCUCGAUCUUCGAAUUUUCUCGAUCUCUUGUUCGACCCACGAAUCUCGGAGUCACGGCGAAUAAAUUGCGCCUGCUGUGAACGUUAAAAUGCGCGCCGAGUCGUUGCCGCGAUACGGAAAACAUUUUGAAUGUAGCAUCACUCAUGAAUAACGAGAAGCGACCAACUUAUAUAUUAUGCAUUGGAUAUUCGAAUAAAAUUCUUCUUCCCCUUCUUUUUC